CUACAUCGCGUUCACCAACUACACGUCGUGCAUCAUUUGGGUGGUGUUCGUGCCGCUCUACCUCUCCAAGGAACCCUCCGAUGAGACGAGGAUUGUCUCACUCGCCAUGUCACUGUCGCUCUGUGGAUUUGUGCAACUGGGCUGUCUGUUCCUGCCCAAAGUUCACUUGGUGAUUUUCAAGCCCGACAAGAACACGCGUGACGCGGUCAUGAGUCAGCUGGACGGAGGCGGCGCCAGCAGCGGGGCAAGAGUGCGCAUGUCGGGCGCCAACCCUCGCUCCGCCCCCGCCUCUGUCGUGUAUCCCAGCAGUCCCAACCCACGUGCAGUCAGCAUGCAGUAUCCAGACGGCUUUACUUACAAUUCACUCCGAUAUCAGAACCAAAACACGUCGCCCUACCACGGAGAGCGAGCCUCGGCCCUUAGCAGGACUUCUACAGCUGAAAAAAAUGCCCAAGGUAGUCUGAAGCCUCAAUUUGUGCCGCAACACGGUUAUCCAUACGGCGAUGAGGCGCCCGGGUUAUACGGUCAUGACAGUGCCAUGAAGCAACAGCAUGAAGAGAACUCCAGAGGCGCGACUAAAGAUAGCGACGUGGCAACUCUCGUGGCGCAGUCGUGUUCCUUCGCUUCCAUACCUGAAGAUUGUUCUCUGCCAUCAGCACACUCGGUGCCCCAGUCCAGAGAGUCGUCAAUGGGAAAGAAGGCAAGGAAGUCUAAGAAGAAGCAGUUGCUUGGAGCAGAUGACGGCGAGUCUUGUGCAGAAAUAGCGCCGCGUGGACUGGAGAACACCGCUUUCACAGCAACCCUUAAUCGGACCGUGUCAAAGGAUGCAACUUAGAACAGUGCUGCUUAAACUGUGGAACCAUGCCCAGGUGGUAUGUUUAUUAGUUACUACUAUUGGCUAGCGAUUGUUACAUCGCAAAAACGUAUAUUGCCUAACACAAGAAAAUCUGACAUCGAUUUACAACAGUUUUCUACGCUAGCAACCUGUACGCAGCAACCCACCGUUAAAUUAAUUCAAACAGUAAACUCGCUGAACAUAAGUGAUAUAAAAUGCUGCAUAUUAGUGUUCAAUUUGUUGUAUUAAUUGUACGCUGUAACUGUAAAGAACCAGCAAGUUGUACACAAGUGAGGGAAACACUGUCUGAGCAUCGAGCCCAACAGAAAUAGUUCGAAGAGAUUUAAAUGGUUUUAGAUUUGCCAAAUUAUUCAUAAAUGAUAUAUUGUAAGCUUUCGAACGGUGAUGAUUGCAAGUGCGUUUGCUAAAUUCAAUCUAUCACAUAACUGGCAAGUAAAAGUAAUGGCAUAAACGAAGGUUAAAUAAUGAAGUACGCAAUGAAUCUCCUUGCUUCCUAAGAAAUAUAUUCAAGAAAUUACAACGUCUUACAAAUCUCUCUGGAGUUGAGAAAUAAAAAGAGAAACUUGA